CCGCCACAAGUCACGUAAGCGAAUCCGCCAGUCGUCCGUUGUCUGUGGGUCGAAUCGGUUUGAAAGUUCCAAAGUUCCUUCACUUUUACGAUAGCACUGAUAAAGAUGAUUCAUAGUGAAUCCAUCAGCCUCGCGGUGGCUUUGCUCUAGUUUUUUGAUAAAUUGAUAUUAGAUACGGAUUGUUCUGGAUGGGGAAGGACGCCUCUCGUGAGAAGUGUGUCAAUUAAGUGGGCAGCAAACAAAUAUCGGAAGCGCAACAAUGUGACUGGACUGAAGUGAAUCAAGAAGGGCAAUAUGUUUGCGGUCUGAUUGGCAACCUGUAGCUAGCGGCGGCAGUGGGAUAAAACGUUAAUAAGAUCAAGAGGGGUGAUUGAUGAAAGAGUGCUGCCCCGAGGGAAGCAAACCUCAACAACAGCCACAGCAUGUUCUUCACAUGGAGAAUAUCAGCUGUGAAAAAGUGAAACGCGGGCCGGAGUGGAUUGUGAAAUGUUGUUACGCUCGGAUGUGUAAGUUUGUGAUUUAUCUGCUAAUGCUGAUGUUGUUGGGCUGAGACUGCUCCUAUCGUGGAUCUGCUGCUGUAAAGGAUGAUCGAAACCAUAGAGGAGCCACAAAGGAAUCAAACGGGAUUAUUUGCGAACGACAAUCAAAGCAACUGGUUUCCCAUGGCGAUGGAAGAACGCCCCACUUCUGGUAUCGCAGCAUCCGCGGAUGGCAUCCAGUAUGACAGGCUCAAGUAUGCCGACCCGGAAGCACUGAUGCGUCACCUUUACUACGCGUGUAUGAGAAACGUCACCAACAGUGGCAGCUUUCCCGCUGAGCAAGCAGUAACAGUGUUGAGAAGCAUCAGCGCCAGCAACGCACGACACGACCAACAGACGCAACUUUUCUGCCCCCGCCGUUUCGAUGGGUGGACCUGUUGGGAGUCUCAACCGGCCGGGACAAUCGCCCAAAAUUUCUGCCCUAAUUUUGUGCUCGGUUUCGAUGCGAGCCGAUUGGCCUAUCGAAUCUGCCACGCCAACGGAUCGUGGUUUACUCAUCCGGAAUCCGGCAGGGAAUGGUCCAACUACACCAAUUGCAUAGAUGUGGAUGAUAUGAAGUUCCGGCGGCUGGUUAACGACCUUUACAUCGGUGGCUACACAAUCUCGCUCGUAACGCUCAUCGUGUCGCUGUGUGUUUUCUUUAGCUUUAGGACUCUGAAGUGCACUCGCAUACGCAUCCACAUCAACUUGUUCACAUCCCUGGCGCUGAGCUGCGCCUUCUGGAUCCUGUGGUACAAGUUCGUCGUCGAAGAUCCAGAUGUAACCAACAGGAACGGGAACUGGUGUAUUGCGCUGCACAUCCUGUUGCAUUACCUGAUGUUAGUCAACUAUUUCUGGAUGUUCUGCGAGGGAUUGCAACUUCAUCUGGUGCUCGUGAUAGUGUUUAUCAAAGAUGCAAUAGCAAUGCGUUGGUUUUUCACCAUCGGAUGGAUCCUUCCGGUUGCUUUCGUAUCGAUCUACGCAUCCGUGCGGAAUAAAUAUACGCUCGACACGGAGCACUGCUGGAUGAACGAAAGUCACGCAAUGUGGUUGCUGACGAUUCCGGUGUGCUUCUCACUCGUUGCCUCGCUUGUGUUCCUCAUCAACGUGGUCCGGGUUCUGCUGACCAAGCUCAACUCGACCUCACCGAAUCCGGCCCCGCUUGGGCUGAAGAAGGCCACCCGAGCGACACUGAUUUUGAUUCCGCUGUUUGGCCUGCAGCACAUCCUGCUGCCGUUCCGUCCGGACAAGGGUUGCGAGCUGGAGCGUUACUACCAGGUGGUUUCGGCGGUGCUGAUCAGCCUGCAGGGAGCGUGCGUUUCCUGUUUGUUCUGCUUCGCCAAUCACGACGUGAUUUUCGCUAUCAAAUGUCAGCUGAGUCGAUUCUUCCCAACCCUGGUGCAUCAUCCGUUCCGCGAGAGCUACAACGGUGGACAACCGGCCACGCAGAGUCGUGAUAUGGUGGUAUGACUGUUGGGCUUCCGGCGCGGAACGAAAACGACCGGAAGUCAUGACGGUAUUGGCGAUUGCGUGGAAGGGGGCGUGUAGGAAAUCAAUGUCACUAGGAAUUCAAUGUACAAAUUCACAAGAGAUUUUCGGUGUUAGGUGUGGAAUUGAAAUGGAGAAAUCCUAUAUUUUCGCUGUAUGAUCGAUUUCAUGUGGUUUCAAGCUAUAUAAUGAGAUUUUAUGCCAAACGUUGAAAUUACCAAACAUGAGAAACGGAGCGAAUAACACUUCACGGAUUGUGAGGUAACAAUGAAAAUCUGAUGAACUAUUAUAUUAAGAAUCAAAGGAAAAGAGCUUCGAU